CUCAUGUCUUUCCAUUUAGAAAAGUGAUCGUACGGCGCUGCCAGGUUUGCUGGGAACUGUAGUGUGAACUGUGUUUAAAGGUGAAGUUCAGGUUUUGCAAAACACUACAGUUCCCAUUAAAAUGGCAGAAGGGGCCGAGUUUGAGGAGAAAACGAAAAGGUUAAUUUGAUGUAGUUCAGCGCACGAUUCAACGUUACUGCCUGUGUCUGCCAGCGCUAUGACUGAGGGAACCUGCGUUUUUAGACACUUGCGAAGACGAGGGGGGCCCUACAAGACAAAGCCAGCCACAGACCUGAGCCGCUGGCGGCUGACUAAUGUUGAGGGCAGGCAGACGUGGCGCUAUGUUGAAGACAACCCUGACAGGGAGCAGAGCAUGCUGGAAGCCCACUCACUGGGCCUGGAUACGAGCAAGUUUGUGUGUGAAUCCCCAGCUGCCCAUACAGCUGUAGAUGUCGCUCUGAAAGGGAUGCACUUCUACAGACACCUCCAGGCUGAGGAUGGUCACUGGGCAGGUGAUUACGGCGGCCCUUUGUUCCUGCUGCCAGGGCUCCUGAUCACAUGCCACGUUGCUAAGAUCCCUCUGCCCAAUGCCUGGAGGAAGGAGAUGGUGAGAUACCUGCGCUCAGUUCAGCUGCCAGAUGGAGGCUGGGGUCUGCACGUUGAAGACAAGUCUACUGUGUUUGGCACAGCACUGAGUUACACCUCGCUUAGGAUCCUGGGAGUAGAGCCCGAUGACCCAGACAUGGUUAGAGCCCGGAGCAACUUGUACAGCAAAGGAGGUGCGGUGGGGAUUCCCUCGUGGGGUAAAUUCUGGCUGGCCGUUUUAAACGUAUACAGCUGGGAGGGAAUGAACACGCUGCUGCCAGAGAUGUGGCUCUUCCCAUCUUGGAUGCCAGCCCACCCGUCUACGCUGUGGUGCCACUGCCGCCAGGUCUACCUGCCCAUGAGCUACUGCUAUGCUGUGAGACUGACUGCAGAGGAGGACUCUCUGAUCCUCAGCCUCAGACAGGAGCUGUAUGUCCAGGAGUAUGCCAGCAUACACUGGCCUGCUCAGAGGACCAAUGUAGCGGCCUGUGACAUGUAUACACCUCACAGCAGUCUGCUCACUGUGGCCUACAUGGUGUUAAAUGUGUAUGAAGCCCACCACAGCACCACACUGAGAGAACGGGCCGUCAGAGAGCUGUAUGAUCACAUCCAGGCUGACGACCGCUUCACCAGAUGCAUCAGCAUUGGACCAAUCUCAAAGACCAUCAACAUGCUGGUGCGGUGGUACGUCGACGGUCCGUCUUCUGCAGUGUUUCAGGAGCACGUGUCCCGGAUUCCAGACUACCUCUGGCUGGGGUUGGAUGGAAUGAAAAUGCAGGGAACCAACGGCUCUCAGCUCUGGGACACUUGCUUUGCUGUGCAGGCGUUUCUUGAGGCAGGAGCCCACAACCAUCCCACACUGACCAAAUGCCUUCAAGAUGCCCAUCAAUUCCUCAGAAUCACACAGAUACCUGAGAAUCCUCCUUCAUACCAGAAGUACUACAGGCAAAUGAACAAGGGAGGCUUCCCCUUUAGUACCCGUGACUGUGGCUGGAUUGUAGCUGACUGCACAGCGGAGGGCCUGAAGUCUGUGAUGCUGCUGCAGGAGUGCUGUCCCUCCAUCAGCCAGAGGGUCGCAUCUGAGCAGCUGUUCAGCGCUGUCAACGUGCUUCUGAGCAUGCGAAACCCAGAUGGAGGAUUUGCCACUUAUGAAACGAAGAGAGGUGGAAGACUCCUGGAGCUGCUGAACCCCUCUGAGGUGUUUGGUGACAUCAUGAUAGACUACACCUACGUGGAGUGUACCUCAGCUGUCAUGCAGGCUAUGAGCCACUUCCACGAGCUCCACCCUGAACACCGAGCCAAGGAGAUAAGGACCAGCCUCAGAGACGGGCUGCAGUACUGCAGGAAGGUGCAGAGACCGGACGGAUCCUGGGAAGGGUCCUGGGGCGUGUGCUUCACAUAUGGGACAUGGUUUGGCCUGGAGGCGUUUGCUUGUAUGGGCCACGUCUACAGUGACGGGGAGGCAUGUGCUGAAGUACACAGAGCCUGUGGGUUCCUCCUGAGCCACCAGAUGUCAGAUGGAGGUUGGGGAGAGGACUUUGAGUCAUGUGAGCAGCGGCGCUACAUCCAGAGCAGCAGCCCGCAGAUCCACAACACCUGCUGGGCCUUGUUAGGCCUCAUGGCCGUCAGACAUCCUGAUACUCAGGCCAUUGAGAGAGGAGCACAGCUACUGAUUGAUAAGCAGAUGCCUAAUGGAGACUGGCCACAGGAGAACAUCGCCGGUGUGUUCAACAAAAGCUGUGCCAUCAGUUACACCUCCUACAGAAACGUCUUCCCCAUCUGGACCCUCGGCCGCUUUUCCAGGCUUUACCCCAGCAGCCGCCUGGCGGGGAAGAUUAAAGUGUGAAAGCCUUGGAAUCAGUCACAAACAUCUCGGCUAUAGAAAAAAAUACUACCUUCAAAUGUGUCUUUAUUGAAGGUGAAGCCUACAACUGUGUGGAUAUUUUCUAUUGUUCAGCUCUUACACUGUAUGUCUGAGAUUAAAUCAAUACUGAAUUCAUCUCUA